CCCCACAUGUUAACCCCUGCCUGCCCAGUGCCAUUAGUACAGUGUCAGUGCUUUUUAUUAGCACUGAUCACAGUAUUGGUGUCACUGGGGAUGUCAGUGAAACCAAGUCAGUUUCUCCCAGUGUCAGAAUGCCUGCCACAGUCCCGCUAUAAGUCGCUGGUCGCCGCCAUUACUAUUAAAAAAAAAAAUUCCAGUGUAUAUAUACCGUCAUUUGUAAACGCCAUAACUUUCACGUAAAUCAAUUAAUUUACACGUAUUGGGAUUUGU